AUGCCUCCGAAAAAAAAUAAAGAAGAAAGACUAGCUCAACAAAGACUUUGUAAACGUAGGCGGUAUGCAGAAAUUAAAAAUGACCCGGAAUUACUAGCUCUUGCAAAAGAAAAAAGAAAAAUAAAGUAUUUAAAAGAUAAAGAAGCGAAAAAAGUAAAAAGUAUUUCGGAAAAAACUCCGCGCAGUCAAAGAGAGCAAAGAAAGAAGUGGAAAGAAAAUUCGAAAAGGUAUCGACAAAACAAAAAACAAGCAAAGCCGCCAAAUUUUGAAGCCUUUGUCGUUUCUAGUAAUCAAGGUGACAGCAUUUCUACGCACGAUCUUGAAGGAGAUCCUUUGCUAGAGAAUAAGCAUGAUGCUGCAGCUGCUAUAAGAAAAGUUCGCUACGUAGAAAUAAAAAAAAGAAAAAUAUUGCUCAAUAUUAUCGCGGCUUAUAAGAAAAGAGAUAAAGCUCGUUGCAAGCAAAUUCAAAGACUAAAAAAGCUACUCAAGGAACGGCAGAAGACACAAAUAGAGACAAAAAAUGAUAUACCGGUUCUAGAAAAUUAUCAUUCCGAAAUUAGCCUACAAUUCGAAAACUGUUCCAGUGUAAGGUCUACUAUAAGCGAACGUGUAAAACAGUUCUAUUUAGAUGAUCUCAACAGUAUAACUUGGAGCUAUUCAGAAGUUGGUCACGGAAAAGGUGCUCCUGAUGGAGUUGGUGGCACUAUAAAAAGAAUGGCAGAUGGAAUGGUCAUGUAUGGACAAGACGUUGGGUCAUUCGAUCAGUUUUAUGAAUUAAUUACGAGAUACAUUGAAAAUGAAAGAUUAAAGGUGAUAGUCAAAAAAGUCAACGAUAGUGACAUAUUACUAAAAGCGAGCUUAAUUCCAGAUAAUCUACAACCAUUUAGAGGCACCUUUUCUGUCUACCAAGCAUCCCACAAGGAUAGGUCUGAACCAAAAACUACUCUAAGAAAGUUGAGUUGCUUUGACUGCGGUCCUUCAAAAAUUUGUGAACAUGGUAAACAUUUAGGAUGUAUACCUCUGUUGCAAAAAGAAAACGUAAGAUCUAACAUUGUCGAAUCUGAUUUAACAUUACUUGCGAAGACAAAAUCUAAUUCCACUAAGAAUAAAAAAGUAACAAUUCUCUCGGAUAUAACGUUAAACGACAUCAAUAUGUCAAAAAAAAAUGUAGGACGCUUCUCUAAGCAUCUCGAUGUGACCAUUCUUGCAAAAACAAAAUCUGACGAGACCACCAAACCAUCAACAUCAAAA